GCGCACGGCGGACGCACGCACGGCGGGCACGCGCACGCACACGCCUGCCCGCCUUGUCCGCCUUGUCGGCCUUGCCCGCCUGCCGGCCGUGGGCGGCCGCUGAAUUGGAGUUCGGAAACCUGCGGAGCCAGCACAGUCGCCAAGAUGUCGUACAUGCUCCCGCACUUGCACAACGGCUGGCAGGUGGACCAGGCCAUCCUUUCGGAAGAAGACCGGGUGGUCGUCAUUCGGUUCGGCCACGAUUGGGACCCUACGUGCAUGAAAAUGGACGAGGUUCUGUACAGCAUCGCGGAGAAGGUUAAAAACUUUGCAGUUAUUUACCUUGUGGACAUCACGGAGGUGCCUGACUUCAACAAGAUGUACGAGCUGUACGACCCGUGCACGGUCAUGUUCUUCUUCAGGAACAAGCACAUCAUGAUCGACCUGGGCACCGGCAACAACAACAAGAUCAACUGGGCCAUGGAGGACAAGCAGGAGAUGAUCGACAUCAUCGAGACCGUGUACCGGGGUGCCCGCAAGGGCCGAGGCCUGGUCGUGUCCCCGAAGGACUACUCCACGAAGUACCGGUACUGAGCGCCGGCCGCGGGCGGGGCAUGUGCGCCGAGCAGCCGCUUCCCGUGGACAUGCGUGGAUUCCCGUGGACAUGCGUGGAGCUCAAAGCCUUUGCGGAGGAGUCAGGGGAAGCACGGGCCUGCGUGGUCCACACCUGGAGGUGGCCUGGCGGCCGUGCUACCACGCUGGCAGGCGUCUGUAAAUACCCAGCUGAAGUAAACCAGUGCGCGGAGACAGGGGCGUCCCAGUGGUCGGCUCCUUGUGUCAGUCGCAGCUCGAGAGCAGCUUAGUUCUCCAGCCCCGGAGUGAAGGGCGGGGGUGCCCUGUGGCUGCUCUGGUUUGCCCCCUUGGCGGUGAGGCCUCCGUUCCUGGGCUGCAAAGGGCCAGAGCCUGGGCCGCCCGCGCCACCCAGCAGACGUGCGUGUCUCAACAGCCUGGAGACUGGACAUCGGGGCCCCAGGCGUCUCCCAGCCCACCCGUCUCAGCUCUCAUCUUCUCGAGGCCUUCUCCCCGAGUUGUGUCUGUGUCCAAAUUUCUUCCUUUCUUUUUUUUUUUUAAUUUAUUUUUACAGAGAAACAUUGAUUUGUUGUCCCACUUCUUGAUGCAUUCUUGGUUGAGUCUUACAUUGCCCUGACUGGGUAUUGAACCCACAACCAUAAUGUAGGGGGACGACACUCUAAACAACUGACCUACCCGGCCAUGGCUAAAUGCCCCCUUUUAUAAGGACACUGGCGUUGGAGGAAGGCUCUCUGCCUCCAGCCUGACCUCAUCCCAGCUAAUCACAUCUGCAACAUCCCAUGUCCACUAAGGUCACGUUCUCAGGUCCCAGGGGUUAGGGUUCCCAACACGUGUAUCCGGGGGUGGGAGGGUGCAUGCAGUUCAACCCACAGCAGAACCCAAAAGUAUCUUCCGGUUAUAAAAACUGCAAUAAAGUAAUUUGGGAGGCCUUUUUUUAAAAUAUAAA